AUGAAGGAGGGAUGGGCGGGGGGAGGAGGAGGAGGAGGAGUGAUGCGAGCGAAGCUGAAGAAGGAUACGACGGAGUUGGAGACAGGACAGUACGCUCACGAUGGCAAAGACAAGGACUUGCGCCUGGUGGGUCGAAGCACGACAAAUCUGAAUACCAAAGAGGCAGAGAUCCUUGCUUUCACGUUUGUGUACGAUGCCUCUUGCAGUAGUUCUUCCUAUCUUCUCUUGUUGCAGCUGCGAGACUCCCUGGCUAGUGUUUCCUACUCUCUUCGGCGAGUCUCGGAUGCGGCAGAGAGCGACGAGGUCUUCUCCUCGCCCUCCAUGCACGGGCAUCAGGCUCGAGCCUGCAUACUGGAUGGACCUCUUGUUGUCCUCCAGGAUCGCCCCUCGCACCUUGUGGUCUUCCAUACGCAGCAGGUCUUGCGCAAGGGAGAGGUGACGGUGAAAUGGUGCGUGAGCGAGAUCGACACGUCAGGGGCAGGCGCCUCGGACAUGCUGGCAGGCUUCUGCCUCCAUGGCAACCUCGCCAGUCCUGUUGCUGUGUUGAGGACUGUGGAGGAGGAGGAGGAGAAGAGAUGUAGGUUUCAGGUGCUGCUCGUGAGCUUUCAGGGGCAGGUGACGCGGACGGUUCAGUUGAGCGGACCUCCGAAGGAGCUGGCGGUGCUUGAGGGGUGGGGCGAGGAGGGCGAGCACGCGCGUCUGCUGUGUGUGGUGGAGGAUGAGGACAAGUCGCUGGUGGUGAUACACGAGUUGAGGGUGGAGCGAGUAGCCGAGGGAGUUGACGGGAUGGUUCGGGUAAGAGCGAGAAGUCAGGUGGAGGAUGUUUACCUUGGGUUGCAAAUGUCGGAAGGGGAAGGGAUGGAAGAGGAGAUGGAGGAGACGGCGAGAGUGAAGUGGUCGGGCCAAGAUGAUGCCGUCGGUCGGUCAAGGGAAGAUCACAAGCCUAGGAGCGAGCUUGACGGGCUGGAGAAAGUUUCAACUUGUCUGAGGGCGAAGCAGAGGAACUGUACUGAAGACUUGUUGAGGCUGAACGAGCAGAAGAGGAGGAAGCGUCUUGCAGUGUCUUCUCAGCUCGACAUGCGCACGUCAUCGCUCAGGUCGCAGUCAAGGGGGACCGGCUCGUCGGAGCAGGAGGUCAGUGUGACAUGGUCUCGGGUGCCGCUUGCUCGCUUGGAGGAGGACUUGGGUGGAGCGGUGAAGGCCCUGGAGAAGGAGCUGGAGAUGAGCGUCAAGACUGUAGAGCAGCUCGAGGGAGGAGGAGGAGGCAGAGGAAGGGAGAGCGCUUUGCAGUGGAUCAAUUCGCAGGCCGAGCUGGACGAGCGCAUGUACAAGUUGCUGAUGUUGGCAGCAUGA